UAUAAAAAUUAUAAUUAUAAUUUAUUUCCCCCAUUUAAUCCCUCUCUCCCUCUGCCACGAUCCGUCGUGGACUCAUCUGUUUCCAUUUCCAGCACCAAAUCCAUUGCCGCCGCCGCUACCGCCACCAUCUUCCUUUCCCUUUUACUUUCUCAAGAUUGAUUGAUCGGGAGAGGAUCAGGGAGGAGGAUGGCGGAGGAGCAGCGAUUCGAGGAGGGUCACCGCCUCUGCGCGAACAACUGCGGCUUCUUUGGGAGCCCCGCGACGCUCGACCUCUGCUCCAAGUGCUACCGCGAUCACUGUGUGGAGGAGGAGGAGCGGCGGCCGCGUCGGCAGAUUCAGGAUUCUGCCGCCGGUAAGGUCGCCGCCGAGAACUCCAGCUCCAAAACCUCCGCGACCCGAGCCGCGAUCGCGGCGGUGGCAGAUCAGGUAGAAGAGGUGGAGACGAAGGAAGACAGGGCAGCGGUGGGACCGAGACGGUGCGCUAGUUGCCGUAAGCGAGUAGAGCUGACGGGAUUUCAGUGCCGAUGCGGCGCCACCUACUGCGGCACCCACCGCUACGCAGAGCAGCACGGGUGCAGCUUCGAUUUCAAGGCGGCCGGCCGCGCCGCCAUCGCCCGCGCCAACCCUGUCGUCAAGGCCGACAAGCUCCGGAAGAUCUGAAACAAUUUCCUUACCUCUGCCUCUCCCGAAUCGACGGCCGCGAGAUCGCCGUCCCGACGCGAUGAUCGAUCAUUGAUGGUUCAUCGGUGGAUGUGCUCCCUGUUUUUUUUUUUUUAACUUUUAUUAUUAAUUUAGUGGUUGUGAGUGGUGAUGGAACGUCUGAUCGACUUGUGGUAUUUUAGUUUUUUUUUAAAAAUUUAGUGCCUUAAUUAUAUA